CAAGCUGGAGUAGCUAGCAACUCGAGGGAUGAAGACUAGAUGAUGAUAGGCUUUCUCCUUCUGUGCCACUCAUAAAACUGCUAGCUAGCUAGCACCUUGUUGCCAAGCAAUGCAAGAUCUCUCUGCUGAGAUCGAUCUGAAUACCUAAAAUAUCUAUCCGACCGGUCAUCAUCUCGAUCUAAAGCAGGUGAUCUUCAUUUCCCAUGCAUGCUUGUUCCUUACCAAAACUUGUUUCUUCCAAUUCUUUAUCAUAUGGUAGUGCUUUCUACCUCUAUCUUUCUCAUGCAUAUUUAACUACUCUCCACAUAGCUCUCAAAGCUAUUGUGUUACUGUGAGUUCUCAAGCUAGCUAGCUAGCUUCUACGUACCUAGGGAGUAGGCACUCCUGGUCCUUAUUACUUUCUCCUCAAUAUGAUCCCUUACUCCUGACAUGUGUAUAUAUCUAUCUCGUUGUUUGGGAACUAGUACUUUUCUUGCCUUUCUGCAGAUUUCUGAUCCCAAGCUUGUUGGCUAACAUGGCGAAUGAUGAUGACCCUGUGGACGGCGAAAACCCUAGAUCUUUUACCGCAUCAAUGUACGCAAGCCUGUUGAUUAGUAUCAUUCGAUUAAGAGUGGAGAGACGGAGCAAAGAAAUACUGUUCACACUCACACAUACAAUAAUUGCUUUGAAUUUAACAUCGAUCUUUAUUAUUUGUAGGAUAACAAGAUGGCAAAAACAUUCGACGUGGUUUCAGCGCACGGCCAUCAGCUCAAAAUGGCGACCUUCCUCUUCUACGCAAACAAAACUAUCAUCAAAGCUUCGCACACAAGCUUGCAGGGGUCACAGUAUCAUCCUAGCCUAUGAACCGGUGUUAUCCUAAUUGAGCUUUUCUUUUCGUCAAAACAUCCUUGACCCCUCUUCCCUAGAGGUUGGCUCUUACCUCCGUUUUUCUGGUUUCUCGUGCCAGAAUUAACGUUCUUGACCUUGUAAGGCCCUCCUUCUAUGUCUACAUCCUCCUCGCACCUGAUGUUUCUUUCUUUCUUGUUACAUGCGGGAUCAGUCUCAUCAUUGCCAUGUUUGCCAGACUCCCGCGUCUACCUACUUUCUGCUCCAUUCUAUCCCUCCUGAGCUAGUUGUUGAUCCCAUGUAAUAAUAACCAUGUUUGGUUGAUAUAAAAAAAUGUUAGUUUUGUUUGGUGGCGUUGAAAUUAUUUCUAAUUUAUAGUAAGAGUAGUUCAGUUUGUGUU